GCUCGAGCAUCUUUUAAAAAUCAAACUAUUUAAAAAUGUGUUGUGUUGUUGUCGAAUUGAAGGUUUUACAUACUUUAAAUACACACUGUGAAUUAGGACAAGUAGCGCUUUGAGGGCGUGGUCAAACUUUGAGCACAGUAUAGUGUUUUCCUCUUCUCAACGACUGAAAAAGCUUUCUGGAUGUUGCCAUCUGGUGUGUCGUUUCGUGGUUCCAGAGGAGCCUGUUUUGCACAAAUUCUCAUGAAGAAUUUGCCUGCAUCGUCGUCAGGACUGACUAAAUCAUGUGAACCUCCGUCCACCCUGCCUGGUCCUGGCAAAGAUGUCUUUGACCAACAAGUGAAAAGUACAUUCAAAUCUGGUGCUCCUGACAAGCCAAAAGCCACAACUAAAAUGCUGAUUGACAGAUACAAGCGCGGCGAGACGAAUGCUGUGUCCUUGCUCCAUCAGCUCGCCCAGGUUUUGCAGUUCCACCUGGAAAUGAAGGAGACAGUGACCACAGGCAACAUACUAGGGCUUUAUUUUGCCUUUUGUGUGGUCAUUGAUGGGGUUGAGUACAAGACUGGCAUGGGAAUAACCAAAAAGGAGGCCCGGCUAAAAGCAGCGGAGCUUGCUCUGCAGGACCUGCUACCCACCUUGGAAAGUCUGAAGUCUGUUCUUCCUGGGGCGUCAGAUGUUCCUCCACCCCUGCCAGUAAAAGAGGAACCCUCCAUCUCAGAAGUCCAUCCUUAUAGAUCUAUUCAUGAAAGGAAGAAUUCCGCCAACCUCCAGUUUCCACAGGCCGUCAGGGAUCAGCUCACUAAACUGAUGAACAGCCACCCAGAGUUCUCUGUCUGCGCGGGCACCACGGCAGCAUUCAUCGUUCAGACUUCCGGCGGAUGUGAAGUGGUCGCUCUCGGCACCGGGAAUUUCAAUACCAAAGAGAGCGCAUCGAUGAGCGGACGCAUUGUGCAUGACUCGCAUGCAGUGGUAACUGCAAGGAGAUCACUUAUGAGGUUCCUGUACCGGCACCUGCUGAUGUUCUUCAGCAAAACAGCCAAUCUGACGGAGAAGUCGAUCUUCCAGCAGAACAGCAUGAGUGGCCUCCUCAGCCUGAAGAGUGGCAUCACCUUCCACCUCUAUGUGAACCAGCUGCCAAAGGGCGCUGCUCAGAUCCCCUCCAAGCUGCGCCUGAACCCGCUCUCCAUAUCAGCAUGGCAAGUCAACAACGAGAUCAGCCUACACCUAUCAGUGGAGGGCAAGGUGUUCUCAGUUUUCUCAUCAGCCUUUGAGCACUCUGCUUCCAAGGUGGUUAGCAUGUCCACCACAGACAAAAUUACCCAGUGGCAAGUGUUGGGCUACCAGGGAGCCUUGCUCAGCCAUUUCAUCGAGCCCGUCUACGUCCAAAGCAUCCUCAUAGGUGACUCAGGUUGCAGUGAUAUUCGCGGCAUGGAGAUCUCUGUUAGCCAACGCGUGGAGGGGAUCACCUCCCAGCUGCCCAUGUUCUACUGCAUGAUGAGGCCCCACAUCAGCUUGGUGCCUUCUGUGGCUACCAACAGUGCCAGCGGUGGUCAUUUGACCUAUGGCAUCAACUGGAGUGAAGGAGACAGCUCCCUAGAGGUUGUGGAUGGUCUGGAGGGAAGGACCAUAGAGGAGUCUCCCUUUAAGAGUGGUCCUGCUCUGGCAAGCCGUCUGUGUAAAGCAGCAAUGCUGCACCGCUUCAAGUUGGUGGCCAAAGAGGCCCAGAGGCAGGAUCUGCUGGCCACAAGCUCCUACAGAGAAGCCAAGAGGAUGGCGAAGCCAUACCAAGAGGCGAAGAAUGUGCUGAGGGCUUACCUCCUGCAGCAGGGCUUUGGUUCCUGGUUGGUCAAGCUUUCGGUUAGUGAUAACUUCAGCAUGUGAAUAAAGACACUUUAUCACUGGAAAAAGUCUGCAUUCUGGGAGCAAUUGUGUUCAAAACUUUAAAAGCAAGUUUACUUUGCGAGAAACACUUGUUGCUGGUAAUAAGUUUCUGUUGUGGUUCGUUCAUGUUUUAAGAGCAGUUUUGUGUUUGUGAACUCUGUCUGUGGUCUUCAGCCCUGAAGAUUAUUUUCAAAAGAGAAAUACAAAUACAAUAAAUUUGUAUUUUCAAAAAAAAGAAAGCCAUUUAUAAGGCAAACAACAUUGUUUGCAGCCCAGAGCAGGCCUUUUUCUGUUACGCUUCUUUCAGUUGAUAUAUUUAUGUAUAUACACUGAAUAGGGGGAUGCGCUACCUGUAUUGUUUUACUGUUCAAAAUAGUAUUUCAUACUAUUGUGUGUAAAGGAAAUGACCUUGUAGAGUAUAUGGUCAUAACUUUUGUAUCCUACUUUUGCAGUCCUUUAUGGUCCUGGAGGCUCUGCAGCAUUACAAUUAAAUUAUGUUGUAAUUGUUACAUAAAAGACCAGCGUUUGGUCUCAUGAAGUUA